UACUGAACCAAAUUUUGAAAAGCAGCAGAAGCGGACCGGCAUUAUUUAGAAAACAAACAGGCGAAAAAGUCAGACAGUCGUUUUUUAAGCUUUGAAGAAAAGUAUUUUGUAGUAUUUUUGAAGAAAAGUAUUUUGUUAUCAAGAAUUAUAUAGGGGCCUUUCACAAUGGCAAAUGUAGCAGACUUUUACAACAAGAACGGAUACUUUCCUGAGAUAACGGUUUUGUCAGCAGACGAAGUGGCCGAUUUACAGACAAAAUUCGGAGAGCUGGAGGAAAAUACAGGUAAAGAGGACGCCCAGUACUCUCUCCACAAUGUCCAUCUGAAGCAUCCGUGGGUUAUGGACAUCGUCUCGCAUCCAAAACUGCUCCAUCCAGUCCGGCAGAUCCUGGGACAGAACAUCGUCCUCCUCGACUCCCGGUUCAUCUGUAAAUAUCCGGAAACAGAAUUGUCCAAGCCCAACGGAUCUCCCUAUGUCGCGUGGCAUCAGGACAUCAGGUACUGGGGAGUGGAGGGUGAAGUGGUCACCGCCUGGCUAGCCGUGGAUGACGCUGAUUCGGAGAACGGAUGCAUGUGUGUCAUACCUGGCACGCACACUUUGGGAAUACUUGAGCACAAGAAUGCUGAGGAGGAAGGUAAUCUGUUGUCAUCCAACCAAUCCAUUCCAACCCACCUUUUGGACGUCACGAAGUCUACUCCCUGUCCGGUCAACGCAGGACAAAUGUCUCUUCAUUCCGGCCUCCUUGUACACGGAAGUGACCCCAACAGACCUACUCGCAGGCGUUGUGGCUACGUCGUAAGAUACGUUUCCACAGAUGCUAAGCCAAUCCAAGACCCGAACAGACCAAGAUCAUUCCCAGCAACCGUUGUAGUAAGCGGCGUUGAUGAACGCAAACAUUUUGAGGACCACAGCCCUCCGUGGUUCUCCAUUCAGGCUGUUCCUACAUGAAAUAUUUAAAGAACUAUAUUUCGCUUGUUGUGAUGCUGAACGCCAUGCUUAUAUUUUUGAGGGUUUAACUCCUGCUAUAUUUUGGUUAAUGAAUAACAUUAUCUAUUCAGUUACUUUUAGUAUGUUUGCUAAAUAGAUGUUGUGUUGGAGAAGAGGGCGUAUUUCCAAUGAAGUAAUCCUCUACAAUGUGUGCAGGUAUACCUGCGAAUGACAAUAAACGUUUAUAUUCCACAGGUAACAAAAGUGACGAGGGGUAUUUUACAUUGUGUAUUGUCUGCUUUAAUAUUGCUUAAAUUGUUACCGAUUUUUUAUCACAUGUUUGUAGUUAUUGUAUUUAUUAAAAGACUUUUUAUUAUAAAA